AAUAUCUUUGGAGGAUACUUCACAGAUUUAAUUAUUUCAUUUCCGUCAAUUUGAAAAUUGGUUUUCAGCUACCAUAUUCAGGGAGCCAUAAGGCUCAUAGCAAUCUGCAUAGACUAAUUGUACAAACAUGAAACUCGAAAGAGAGGAUUUCGAUCUCACAUGCAUUGAAAUGGCAAAAUUUCUUCUGGGUAAAUUUCUGGUUCGCAAAUUGGAAGAUGGUACAAUUUUGAAAGGAAAGAUAGUAGAAACUGAGAGCUAUUUAGGAAGAUUAGACAAAGCUUCACAUUCUUAUGGAGGUAGAAAGACUCCGAGGAAUGAACCGAUGUAUAUGUCAGUAGGAACUGCUUAUGUUUACAUGACUUAUGGUAUUUACCACUGUUUCAACAUAUCUAGUAAAGAACCAGGAGCAGCAGUUCUCAUUAGAGCUGUAGAACCUACAGAAGGAUUAAAUCAUAUGCACAAAUUACGUUUGAAGGCGAUGAAGAGUAGAAAUCUUUCAAAGAUAUUCAAGGACAGUGAGCUCUGUAAUGGUCCUUCAAAGCUAUGCAUGAGCCUGAAUAUUCACAAAGAAAUUUGUAACAAAUUGAACCUACUUGAUAAUGAUAUAUUGUGGCUCGAGAAUCCCUCAGAAAAUCUAGAUUUUGACAUAGUACCCGCUAAAAGAAUAGGUAUAGAUUCUGCUGGUGAAGAAUGGGCCAUGAAACCAUUGAGGUUUUAUAUUUUUGGAAACACAUUCGUUAGUAAAAGAGAUCUUGAGGCAGAGAAAAGUAUCAAGCUACCCAAAUGAAAAUAAGUUGAUGGUUGAUUAAUAUGUUUUUGAAUUCC